AUUCAGUGUUGUUGGAUAAGUUGGAUAAAAAAAGUGUUUUGGAAAAAUGAGAGAAAUUCAGCGAAAAAUCCUUUUCCACACGGUGAAUAUUCUCUCAAAUGGCCCCAAAAGCAUUGGGGGAAACUCUAAAUCUUUAAUUAGAUUUGCAAGUGGUUCUACAAGUGCAAAAACAGCGGAAACGGCAUCUUGCAGUGAUCCACCGAAUCCUAACCUCAUUCAGGAAGACUGGAUUGGUCCUCCGGACAAAACGUCUAAUUUGCGGCCAAUUAUGCGGCAUGUGCCGAAGAAUGAAACACCGCUUCAGCAGAAGCUGAGAUUGCGGCAGGUGGAAGUAGAUGAGUACAAUCAGAAGUUCUGGACAAAUCACAAUAAGAGAUUCUUUGAGGAGAGGGAUGCCUUUGUGGCUGCAAAUAAGACUCAUCCGGAAGAGAAUUUGUCAGCAGACCAAAUGAGUGUCUUCUACAAAUCCUUCCUUGAUAAAAAUUGGAAGAUUCACUUCUACUACAAUGUCUCCUGGUAUAUCAAAAAUAUAUCAUUGAUGCUUCUUGCUUGUCGAGUUGAGCUUCAGAGGAUUACAAAUACUAUACGGAGGAAAUGAUCUGUAUGAUCUCAAAAAUUGAAAGAUUCUUAUUAGCAGAAAUUAAAGAAAAUAAUUUUUAAUUAAAUAAAAUGUAAAAUUACAAAGA